ACAUCAGACAAAAUUGCAGUAACACACACAACACAUUGUACCAACACAUUGAUUGUAAGAUGACCAGUACAACUCCAGACCAUGAUGUGGCGAGGUGUCACGCCGCAGCUGAGAAUCGUCGUCAGCUGUUGUGUCGGCUGAGGUGUCUAGCAGACAGACUGGACGAGUGUGACAGAACCGCUUUGAGCGCCGCGGGGUGCGGGGACUUGUUCAAUAAGGGCAAGGGUGGACGGUACGUCUUUCCGGACCCAGCUGACACUCCACUCAUUACCUUCCCAGAGAACCUCCAGCCUGACAACGACUACAAGAUCAAACUACCGAAGAAGACAGCUCCCUGGGAACCGCAUGUGGCAAAGAGUCAGGAGCUGAUUGCCGGCUACAUGAAGAAGGCUUGUGACUGCCUGCGCAGGAACGGUCUGCAGGACCAGUGUGAGCUGACUCAAUGUCAAGGACGUCCCCUGUGUCUGACUACCCCUGUCCCACUGUGUCCUCCCAGUGGAGGCGCGGGACUGAUGGUAACCCCUGCAGAGGCUGGGGUCAUCAUAGACCACGUUGAUAAGGACCGCUGUUGUCGCCUUGACUGCUGCCCUGGCAUGCUUAGCAACUGUUGACGUCAUCAAACUUUAAUAUAUACAAAUAAAUACAAUC